AUGCCCUCCCUCGACAUAAGCAUCCCCUCCGCCAGCACCAACAGCACCGGUGCAAAACCCUACACAGCCUACACGAUCCAAAUCCGGGCUCCCCUCCGCACACGCAGCCUCCAAAAGCGGUACUCCGACUUCGUCACCCUCGACAAAACUCUCCGUGCCCAAACCAACGCCGCACCACCCGCCCCGCUCCCCGCAAAAUCCUGGUUCGCACGCACGGUCGGCAACGACGCCCUCACCGAAGAGCGCCGCAAAGGGCUAGAAGCCUACCUCCGCGCCAUCGACAGCUCCCCCGACGACCGCUGGCGCCGCACACCCGCCUGGCGCGCCUUCCUCGAGCUGCCGGAGGAGGGCUCGGGGAAGAGCAAAGUGCUCGGCAAUAUCGGGCUCACGGCUUCCGGCGGCGUGGUCGUAGAUGCCGCGACGUGGCUGGACAUGUACGGCGAGCUGAAGAACCAGCUCCGGGAAGCGCGGUUGUAUCUCACGAAACGCGAGCAGGCACAGCAAGCGCAGGCGCAGCAUGAGGCCGGGGCGAACGCGAAGGGGGCGCUUGUGCAGGCGAGCGCGCUGAUUAGGGCGCUAGAGGAGGGGCUGAAGGGGUUGAGUGGAGGUGGAAGGAAUGGGGAUGAGGGCGCGUGGGGAGGAGUGGAGAAGCUGGGGGACGGGGAGAUUAGGAGGCGGAGGGAUAUGAUUGGGUCGGCGAAGAAGGAGCGGGAUGGGCUGGAGAGCGUGUUGAGCGCUAUGUCGGUCAAGAAUGCGGCGUCGACGUCGUCAUCGCUGUCGGGAACUACGGCUAUAGCGUCCGAGGGAGAUAAACAGGGGUUGUUUAAGGGUGGUGCGCCUGGUGGGCGAGGACGUGUGCUGGGUGCGCCGGCGAAGGAGACGGAGAGGACAAGAGAGUUGGAUAAUGAGGGCGUGCUCCAGCUUCAGAGGCAGAUUAUGCAGGAGCAAGACGAGGACGUGCAAGAUUUGACCAAGGUCGUGCGUAGGAUGAGAGAGAUGGGCGUGGCGAUCAAUGAGGAACUUGUUCUGCAGAACCAGAUGCUGGAUCUGCUAGAUAAUGACGUGGACAGAGUACAAGGAAAAAUCGACGUUGCAAGGAAGAGAGUGGACAAAAUCCGAUAG